AGUGUGGCCCCAGAAGUGCCACCUGUCAGUGUCCAUCAGUGCCUUGUGUCAGUGCUCAUCAGUGCCACAUACCAGUGCAUACCAGUGCACAUCAAUGCCACAUAUCAGUGCCCAUCUGAGCUGCCUUUGAAUGUCACCCAUCAGUGCCAAUCAGUGCCACCUAUCAGUGCUGCCAAUCAGUGACACCUAUCAGUGCCAUGCCCAUCAGUGCCACCUAUCAGUGUCCAUCAGUGCAGCCUAUCAGUGCCCAUCACUGCAGCCUCAUUAGUGCACAUCAGUGAAGGAUAAUAAAUCACUUAUUUACAAAAUUUUAUAA